AUGAGUCUCGCGACCGCAGCGCCCGCCCAGGGUAGCACCGCAAUUCCCACACUGGCCGAGCCGUUGAUUACAGAACGAGGCGAAAUUAACGCCCAAGGUCAGAGCGAGUCGGAACUGUUAGCCCGGAGGGAGGCGUCAAAAGCCGCCGAAGGUGAUGAGAAGAAGAAAAAGAAGCGCAGCCUUUUUGGUUUCGGUAAGAAGAAGGAGCCUGCCCAGCCUGCUCCCACCAGCAAACCUACCCCCGCGACAACUCGUACCACGGCCACUUCCCCCAUCCAAACCGACCGCGCCCGGUUCUCCCCUUCUUCUCCAGGCCGCGCAGGCUUUGGCUCCUCCCCACGCCUUGCCUCGCCCGCCGGCAGCCAGAUUUUCGAGCGCAACGUCCAAGAAAGCAGCGCCGCGCUGAUGCCCAGCUCCCCCGCCAUCCCCUCGCACAUCCAAACCGAGAAUUACAUCCCCCCGGUCCUCGACGCCUCCUCCGAAGCCAUUACCGACGACCACCUCAAUCCGGACACCGUCGAGAUCAUCACCCACACCUCCCAUCAACCCGCCUCGGUCAACGUAACCGGCCUGAGCCCCUAUGCCGAGCCUUCCUGGGCCGACGAGCUUGCCGCCUUCUCGGCUACCACCACCACCACCACUGCCGAUACGGCUUCCAACUACGGCAGCUUUGAUACCACCGACGUCCGCCGCCUGUCCUUCAUCUCCUUCGCCGACGUCGUCCAAGCCGAGCACGGCGGCUUCUCCGCCGGCAGCCCCUCGCGCGACAGCAUACACCUGGCGGGGCUGACCUCCUUCGCCUCGGCCAACCACAACCGCUCCCCCUCCCCCAUCCGCUCGCCCGUCUCCUCGGCCGGCGGCGGCGGCCCCGGCGGCGUGAGCCCGCCGCUGAGCAAGAGCGGGUCGGUCAAGGGCGGCCUGGAGGCCGCGGCGCGGGCGAGAGCGUCGUCGCCCUCCGGCACCGGCGGCAAGUCCCUCGGCAGCCCCACCAGCAUGAUGAGCAUGUCGCUUUCGCCGGUCCCGGCCAACGGGGGGGAGAUCGCCAUCGAGACUAUGACGCAGGCGCUGAGGAGAACUGGAAGCGGGGAUUUGAGUGUUGGUGGGAAUGGCGUGAGGAGUUUCCGGGAAGUCCUAUCUGAUGAUUGA